AUGAAGUUUUCUAUAAUCUUAUUAUUUUUCAGUUUUAUGAUUAGUUUUCAUUUAACUCAGUCAACGACUCUUCAAAUAUCACAAUUUGGAGGAAAACCAAAUGGUAAUAUAGCUAAGGCUUUAACAAGUGCUUGGACUCAAGCAUGUGCAUCCACAUCUGCUGUCAAAAUUGUGAUUCCAAAAGGGAAUUAUCAAAUGACACAUGUAUUGUUAAAAGGUCCUUGCAAAGCUCCCAUUGAACUCUACGUUGAUGGCAUAAUCAAAGCACCGGUAAAGCCACAAGAUGUUGGUGGUAACGAAAUUCUCAGGUUUGAUUAUGUUAACGCCUUAACCAUGUCUGGUAAUGGAGUCUUUGAUGGACAAGGUUCUUAUGCUUGGACACAAAGUGAUUGUUCAAAAACCUUUAAUUGCAAAUUUCUUGGCAUGAAUUUUGCUUUUAACUACCUCAACAAUUCAAUAAUUCGUGGCAUUACUAGCAAGGAUAGCAAACAGUUUCAUAUUAAUGUUUUGGGAUGCAACAAUUUCACAUUUGAUGGAUUUAAAGUAAUUGCUCCACAUGAUAGCCCCAACACCGAUGGCAUCCAUAUUGGAAGAUCAAAAGUUGUGAAUGUUCUUAAUACAGACAUUAGCACCGGAGAUGAUUGUGUUUCACUAGGUGACGGCAGUAAACAAGUUCUUGUCCAAAAUGUCAAAUGUGGACCUGGUCAUGGUAUUAGUGUUGGAAGCCUUGGAAAGUAUACGAACGAAGAGCCUGUUGACGAUAUUACAAUUAAGGAUUGCACUAUAAAAGGAACCCAAAAUGGAGUGAGGAUUAAGACUUGGCCUAGUGAGCCAGGAGCAAUAACAAUUACUAACAUGAGAUUCGAGGAUAUUACUAUGGACAAUGUUAGUAACCCUGUCAUCAUAGACCAAGAGUAUUGCCCGUGGAAUCAAUGUACCAAAAAGUAUCCAUCAAAAAUAAAGAUAAGCAAAGUUACGAUAAAGAAUAUAAAGGGAACUUCAGCAACUAAAGAAGGAGUGAUUCUUUCUUGUAGCAGUGGUGUACCAUGUGAGGGUGUAGAGAUAUCUAAUGUUGAUCUCAAGUUCAAUGGAGCUCCAGCAAUAGCUGUAUGCAGUAAUGUGAAACCAAAAAUUACAGGAACGGCCCCUGCCUGCACAGCUCCAAGUACCAAAAAACAGUAA